AUGACGGAAAUAGGCGGCGAACAUGGCUGCUCAUUGGUGGGGGUGCACAUUUGUCAGCGUUAUCGCAAACGUAUCGUGGAGCCGGUACUACACUGUCCCCUUUCCCCAGACAGCACAUACCCACAACCUCCAAUCGCAUAUACAGAGCACUAUCCACGGCUUCACGAAUUUCUUGAAAUUGGCGCAAUGAAGUUCUCUUCGGCGCUGCUGCCGUUUCUGGCCGCGCCUCUCGCCGCCGCUGAACACACCUCGAAUUGGGCUGUGUUGGUUGGCACGUCACGGUUCUGGUUCAACUACCGGCAUCUUGCCAAUGUCCUGUCAUUAUACCGCACUGUAAAACGCCUCGGCAUUCCAGACUCCCAGAUCAUCAUGAUGCUGCCAGACGACAUGGCUUGCAAUCCCCGCAACUCUUUCCCUGGCACCGUAUACAACAACGCCGACCGCGCGCUUGAUCUUUACGGAGACAAUAUCGAGGUGGAUUACAGAGGCUACGAGGUCACGGUGGAAAGCUUCAUCAGGUUGAUGACGGACAGAGUCCCGGAGAAUAUGCCUCGAUCCAAACGACUAAUGACGGACGAGCGAAGCAACAUUCUAGUAUACAUGACCGGUCAUGGAGGCAAUGAAUUUUUGAAGUUUCAAGAUGCAGAAGAGAUCUCGGCUUACGAUCUGGCCGAUGCAUUCAGUCAGAUGUGGGAGAAGAAGCGUUACCACGAGCUUCUCUUCAUGAUUGACACCUGCCAGGCCAACACCAUGUACUCCAAAUUCUAUUCUCCCAACAUCAUAGCCACUGGCUCGUCAGAGAUCGAUCAAUCCUCGUACUCACACCAUGCUGAUAGCGAUGUCGGUGUCGCUGUUAUUGACCGCUAUACUUACUACAACCUCGAGUUCCUCGAAAAUAAAGUACGCGACCCCACAUCCGAGCUCACACUCGGAGAGUUGUUCGACAGCUACGACGAAGACUUGAUCCACUCCCGCCCGGGCUUCCGAUAUGAUUUAUUCAAUGGCGGUGCGGAUGCUGCAAGGUCACGGCGCAUAGUGGACUUUUUCGGCAACGUGCAGAAUGUGGAGGUUGAUAACAGUGCCCAAAGAAACGAGACACAAUGGCAAGAGGAACUAGAAGCAAUCGAGAAAAUGAUUGAAGAGGCAAAGCGGCGGCAUAACGAAUCCCUGAAUGCGCGCCCUCAACCAUUGAAUGUCAUGGAGGAAGUCCAACAUUCCGAGCGCCAGCAGAAUACCCACAGGGAGGGUGCUAUGAGAAUGGACGAAGAAUUGAGCUGGAAAAAACAAGCUAUUGGUGGUGCCGCAUUGCUGGGAUGCGCUGGUAUCUGGGUCGUCAGCUCGUGGCUCGAAUCCAUGUGA